AUGUUAGUAGUUGAAGCAGUGGGCUAUGAAUACAACAUGAAGAAAGUAUCUUGGUUUCCACCAGAUGAUGAGAGUCUGCAGAGAGUCGACAUUGAUGACAGUGAGGUCUUAGGAAAAGCGGUUUCAUAUGCUCUUGGAUCAGGUGCUUUAACAUUGUUUAUUGUUAGGGAAGAUGAUCCGUAUUUGAUGAAUUGCAGUGGUGAUGGAGUUGGCGUCUCACCUUUCGAGGAUUAUGGUGAUAAUGCGAAUGGUGAUAGUGAUAAUAGUGAUGGCAGUUCUGAUGAAAGCAGUGAAAGCAGUGAGAGCAGUUAUGAUGAAAGGAGUGCUAAUGAUGGUGGUAGUGAUAUUGUAGUUCAGAAUGAGGAUGCGUCUGAGGCUGAGAGAGAGGUACAAGAAGAUGCAAAUAGUGAUAGUGAUGGUGCUCGUAAGACCAUAGAUGAGAGCAAGUAUAAGGUGUUUGCGCUCGGACAGUGUUACUCUACAAUUUGGUCUUUCAAGAAUGCAAUUACAAAGUAUGCAGUGAAGAAGAAUUAUGAUAUAUCAUACUUUAAAACGGAUAGCAAAAGAGUUGUUGCUGUUUGUUGUAAACGAGCAUGUCCUUGGAGGAUUUGUGGAUCGAUCAAUAGCACUAACAGCAGGGUUGUGGUAAGAGCUUUACAAGAAGAGCAUGAUUGCACAUGGCAAGGAGAGUCCCUCAAUGCUGCCAUCCGUGUGGCGAGAACCAAACCAGUUGUUAAGAUGCUUGAAGAGAUGCGAAGACGUGUCCUGGUGAGCAAUGAGAAGAAAAGAAAAGAAUCAGAGAAAGCGAAAGGGAUUUACACUCCUAGAGCAAGAGCAUUUCUCGAUCAACAAAUAAAGCUUGCAAAGAAUUGCAGUCCUUUGCCCUGCGGUUUGGGUAAGGUUAAGCCACCUCCAUAUAAGAAUCCUCAAGGGAGACCACCAGGUAAGAAGAUAAAGAGGGAAAAUGGUGAAGCUAGAGAGAAAGGGAAAAUGACCAAAGUGGGACUUGUCAUGCCUACUGAACGCCUUCGAAGAGAACAACCCGAACGCCCUACAAGUAUUUCACAAGCCCUACCAAAGCGAAGACCUGGAAGACCACGCAGAGAUUGGUUUGGGGCUGCCUCAUCUUCACAAGAAGCUUCUAGGCAGCAUCAGCCUUCUUAUGAUACAGCACCUAUACAAAUACCGAGAGAAGAAUAUGGACUUUUCACAAGUCGCUUAAUUGGUGAUGACUACAUAUCAGUUGGAUCACGUGUAACAGAUACAAGUGACAAUACAAUCCUACCGAGCUACCUGUUUGCAGCAAGAGAGUGCAAGAAAAUGGCAUCACGAGGUCGUGGGAAGAAGAUGUGA